AUGGAUACAGAGGGUCCAGUGUCAGUACUUGAUCGCCGCGUCAGGAGUACAAGUCGUGAUCGAGUCAUUGCUGACCGCAUUACCAGACAAAGAAGUCCGGGACCAUCCUCCAGGCAUCACCGAACUCCCGGAGCUGAUUGCCAGAUUGGCAGUGUUAAUGAUGAAGAGAAUCAAGAGGAGUUAAUCUACCGGAUCUCACAGCCUUACAGAACAAGCUUCUCAGCGAAACAUUCAGUGACGUGGGGCAAGGUUGACCGCAGUCGGUCACUCAGCCCCACCUCUAGCCUCAGAAGUGACCUCAGCUACUGCAGCAUGCCGCCUACAUUGAAAGUUGGAGGCAGUAAGCACCGGACGCGAGGGCAGUCGAAGAGCCCGAAACGGGUGACAUACAACACAAGGGUGACAGUUCGACACUCGGACACCGAGGAUAGUGUCUUCACAGAGUUAUCCAGUUAUGAAUAUGAUGACGAAGAUUUAUCCCCACAGCCGAAAGUCUCUCCGUUCAGCCGCUGCCUUAUUUCUCCAAGAUACAAUGAGUUCAGCCAGUUGUCCCCUGUGCUAGACUCUCGCAAAGAAACCCCACCACAACCUGAAGUCCACCACCAUGUCCGAGACAUCACCAACAUGAGCUACUCAUCUGCCACUGACCAAUCAUUCAUCAGCCGAGAUUCUGGACUGGAUUAUUCGGCAGAACUAAAGGAUCUCUCCGAUCAGAUUACGAAGAUGAACUGGAGUCCGAAAGAUAGUCACUAUGCUCAUAACCAGACGAGACAAGUGCCCGCUUCAACUGACCCAUAUUUCAAGCAGUCAUCAUCGCCAACUUCAUCAUCAGCACCAUCACCACAGGGGAUUCUCAAAACCUCCCAGGGAGCUUAUGACAAUUACAGAGACCAACAUAACACCAGUGUACGUUCAGACUACGAUUCUUUCAGUGAAGGUCGGGGCAGUCCUGUGGAAAGUGGACGACUGACCCCAUCGAAACGCUCAGUAAGCCUGAGCAUCACCAGCUUUCUCAAGCGUGUCUCCCCACACUUUCGGCGGAAGCGCUCAAAGGAUCGAAACAAGAAGUCCAGUUCUGCGGAAAGCUCUGCCCAGAGUCUGACCACCACGUCCGACCCGGACACUGACCUAGAUAUAACUGCUGCAUCUGGCGACAACAAGAAGUCUAAGCGUCCUGGUCGGUUCUCUCGGAACAAAGUUCGUCAGUCCUUCCUCAAACUGGUGGAAGGCUCAAG